UUGGGGCUGUGUUUCUGCUGAAUGGUCUGUUUUUUCAGUCGCCUCACAGAGUUCCUGUGGAAAGUACAGAUCGGAGUGCUUACCAGACAGACAUGGCCCUACUAGAACUUGCCAUGCAGGGGCUCGCCAUCUUCGGAUUCAUCCUUUUUCUCGUGCUGUGGUUUAUGCACUUCAUGUCCAUCAUUUAUGUACGUCUUCAUCUCAACAAGAAAGCCUCUGACAAACAGCCCUACAGCAAGCUUGCAGGCGUCUCAUUGCUGAAGCCCUUGAAAGGAGUGGACCCCAACCUCAUCAGCAACCUAGAAACCUUCUUCGAGUUGGAUUAUCCCAGAUAUGAAGUGCUCCUUUGUGUCCAAGACCAUGAUGAUCCAGCCAUCGAUGUAUGUAAAAAGCUGCUGGGCAAAUACCCAAAUGUGGAUGCCAGGCUAUUUAUAGGUGGUAAAAAAGUUGGCAUUAACCCAAAAAUAAACAACUUAAUGCCAGGAUAUGAAGUAGCCAAGUAUGACCUGGUUUGGAUCUGUGACAGUGGUAUUCGAGUGAAACCAGACACUUUGACAGACAUGGCCAAUCAGAUGACAGAAAAAGUGGGUCUAGUCCACGGGCUCCCAUAUGUAGCAGACAGACAAGGCUUUGCAGCCACUUUAGAACAGGUGUAUUUCGGCACAUCUCACCCACGUUCCUAUAUCUCGGCUAAUGUUACUGGCAUUAAAUGUGUAACCGGAAUGUCUUGCUUGAUGAGGAAGGAUGUGCUCGAUCAAGCAGGGGGCCUCAUUGCUUUCGCACAGUACAUCGCAGAAGAUUACUUUAUGGCCAAAGCCAUUGCUGACAGGGGGUGGAAGUUUUCCAUGGCAACACAAGUAGCAAUGCAGAACUCUGGUUCUUACUCAAUUUCUCAGUUCCAAUCGCGAAUGAUCAGAUGGGCCAAACUACGAAUUAACAUGCUUCCAGCCACGAUUAUCUGCGAGCCAAUCUCGGAGUGCUUUGUGGCUAGCCUAAUAAUCGGCUGGGCAGCUCAUUAUAUUUUCAGAUGGGACAUCAUGGUGUUUUUCAUGUGUCAUUGCCUAGCCUGGUUUAUAUCAGAUUACAUCCAACUCCGAGGAGUCCAGGGGGGAUCUCCGUGCUUUUCCAAACUUGACUAUGCCGUGGCGUGGUUCAUCAGAGAAUCCAUGACGAUACACAUCUUUUUAUCAGCCUUGUGGGACCCUACAAUCAGCUGGAGGACGGGGCGCUACAGGUUACGCUGCGGAGGCACAGCUGAGGAAAUCCUUGACGUAUAACUGCGAUAAAAACCUGGGACUAUGUAAAAGAAAAAAUACAACAAAUGCAAAAAAAUAUACAUUGUUUGUAUUGGGGGGGUGGGGGGACCCUGGAAACUUUUAAAUAAUUCAACCUUUGAUAGUUUUUACUUGUCUGUGUAAAAAGUGUUUAUUAUUUAUUUGUGUGGCACUUGCAGCUAGCUUUUUUAAGACUGUAAAUGUAGUUUCAUCACCCCUAAAAAGGUAGUUGGGGGGGACAGGACAACCAAGGAAAAAGGAACUU